AUGCUGCCACCGCCAAAGAAGAAGUGCUGGGAGUCCAUGGCCAAGGGGCUGGUGCUAGGAGCUCUCUUCACCAGCUUCCUGCUGCUGCUCUACUCUUACGCUGUCCCCCCGCUGCAUGCCAGCCCAGUCUCCACGACCCUGGAGGCCACCGUGCCUUGCUCCCCGGCCCCGGGUGAACCGGAGGCGGUGACUCCGGCUAACGGCUCUGCAGGCGGGUGCCAGCCACGGCGGGACAUCGUGUUCAUGAAGACGCACAAGACGGCCAGCAGCACGCUGCUUAACAUCCUGUUCCGCUUCGGCCAGAAGCACGGGCUCAAGUUCGCCUUCCCCAGCGGCCGCAACGACUUCGACUACCCCUCCUUCUUCACGCGCAGCCUGGUGCAGGACUACCAGCCCGGGGCCUGCUUCAACAUCAUCUGCAACCACAUGCGCUUCCACUACGACGAGGUGCGCAGCCUGGUGCCUCCCAACGCCACCUUCAUCACCGUGCUCCGCGACCCCGCCCGCCUCUUCGAGUCCUCCUUCCAUUACUUCGGGUCCGUGGUGCCCUUCACGUGGAAGCUCUCGGGCCACGACAAGCUGGCCGAGUUCCUGCAGGACCCCGAUCGCUACUAUGACCCCAACGGCUACAACGCCCACUACCUCCGCAACCUGCUCUUCUUCGACCUGGGCUACGACAGCAACCUGGACCCCAGCAGCCCGCAGGUGCAGGAGCACGUCCUGGAGGUGGAGCACCGCUUCCACCUGGUGCUGCUGCAGGAGUACUUCGAUGAGUCGCUGGUGCUGCUCAAGGACCUGCUGUGCUGGGAGCUGGAGGACGUGCUCUACUUCAAGCUCAACGCCCGCCGUGACUCGCCCGGGCCGCGGCUCUCGGGGGAGCUGUACCGGCGCGCCACGGCCUGGAACAUGCUGGAUGCCCACCUCUACCGCCACUUCAACGCCAGCUUCUGGCGUAGGGUGGAGGCCUUCGGGCGGGAGCGCAUGGCCCGCGAGGUGGCUGCCCUGCGCCGUGCCAACGAGCGCAUGCAGCGCAUCUGUAUCGAUGGGGGCCAGGCCGUGGACGCUGCUGCCAUCCAGGACUCGGCCAUGCAGCCCUGGCAGCCGCUGGGCACCAAGUCCAUCCUGGGCUACAACCUCAAGAAGAGCAUCGGGCAGCGGCACGCACAGCUCUGCCGUCGCAUGCUCACACCGGAGAUCCAGUACCUGAUGGACCUCGGCGUCAACCUGUGGGUCACCAAGCUCUGGAAGCUCAUUCGGGAUUUUCUGCAGUGGUGA